AUAAGCAUUAACGCAUUUUUUUCUUCAUUUAAUUAUCCAAUCAGAUGUAAGCCAUACCCAAUGACCGAAUGAUUGGGUGAUUGGUGAUACACAAAGCAGAGAAUCAAGAGCUUACUAUAUAGUUGGUCAAGGAAAAGGAAGAAAAAAAACAGGAGUUUCAAAUAUGAAGCCGUUUUUCAAUAUUGUGAAGGCUAUAAUGGUCCGGCUGGUUUUGUUAGUACAUAGUUUACUAGCUAUCUGGAGAGUGGUCAACAUUGCAAAUGAUAUGAAUUUUUGGUACUUAGCUAUUGCGGACGGAGCGUUCCUUAUAGAGGGAUUGAUUACAAUAAUAGCCAGGAAAGGAAUGGAAUAUAAAUGGUUCUGUCCUUGCUUUUUCUUCUACCUGUGUAGCACUAUUCCUGCAAUAUGGUUAUUAGAAUUAGACAGGCGUGAUCGGUUUGUAAAAGAAGAAAAUGCAACUCAUACGACUAACAACAAUUCCACUAACACUGUCGGAUUACCGAAUUUCUAUGGGGUUUCUAUAUCUAUUCAUUUGGAACCUGAUACCUGGGUGGUUAUUAUUGAACAAUUGUUGUUGUACUUCAUGAUCAUUGGUCGAUGGCUUUUACCACGCGGGAACAUCUCGAGAAACGAAUUGUCACAACUUCUGUUCGUGUUUAUUGGUAUGGCAUCCGACAUUACUGAGCUGUUUACUUUAUUUGAUGAGAAGGAAGUACGUGAAAAUAUACAUUUAACCUUCGCCGUUUUGAUCAUUUGGACAGUAAGUUUGCUUCAGUUCUGUUUUGUUCUGACAGCUACAAGAAAUGUAAAACGAGGUCGCGUUGCACUUCAGGCUCCACCAAGGAAGUCAUGUGGCUGUUCAUGUUGUUCAACGGAGGUAUGGAGCAUUUUGGUCGCCAUGUUGAUGCAAGAUAUCCCAUUUGUUACCGUUCGUAUUUACACUAUUGCAACAUAUAACCUCAUCAAUUAUAGCAUCAUAUUUUUUACCGCCAAAAAUCUUCUCGUUGUGAUGUUAUUGCUUUAUCGUUUUGCGGUUAUUUUAGGAAGCCAAAAGAAGGACGAUGGCAAUAAAAGUCUAGAUUCAUUCAUGGAACUUGGUGACAUGGGAAACAUGGAACUAAAAGUGGAAGCUCCCAAACGAGUUUCAGUUGUAUCUGAUAUGUAUCAAAGCAAACCGUAUUCAAACACGGGUAAAAAUCACGGAAACGGACAUGGCACGAGAAACGGCAAUACUCAAAGACCUCAGAAACAAAUUUGCAGUUAUGAAAACAAAAUUGGAAGCUUGUAAUUAUAUACUUGUAUUUUCCGGGGGCCAAAAAGAAAUAAUAUAAUAUAUUACUAUAACCAGUAGUUCUAUUUACCACACAAUAGCAACAGUUGUAAACUAGAUAUUUGAACAAAAAGUAACGUUGACAAACAAGUUAUAGAUUAUAGAUGGAAGCUCAUAUUACCCAAUUAACUAAUACACAAUGGAAAUAUUAUAAUCGUUUGUACUGACGAAUAUUAUCAAUGCAUUAACAGUUAUCAAUAAUAACACUACAUAAAACGUAAUCGCAAUAAACA